CAAUUUUUCACUUUAAAUACAACUCACAUUAUUAAUACGAAUGUUAUAGGAGUUAACGCACGAUAUCGAAGAUUUACUGCAAUCCCUGUCGACGGUUGAAGAUGGCAUUGGCAAUUUGCCCAGCGCAAGUUUGGAUGGUAUGCUGCAAGGAUUGAAGCUAAUCCAAGAGAAUCUGGAAUACCAAGAGAAGGAGGCAAUACGCUUACAAGAAAUAAGUCAGACGCUACCCACAGACCCGGUAACAGAGCGAACACUCAACGAGAUCAAGGAUCGCAUCGAUCUUUUGCUGCGACGCACACAGCAAGGCAUCACAAUGAUUGCGAACGCCAUGCAUGGACAGAAGAAGCGCGAAGAGGAGCUCAACGAAUACCAAAUGCAUUUGAUCGCCCUACAAGAAUGGAUUAUGGAAGUAUCACAGCAGCUGAAGGACCUCGAGCCAACACCUGAAGUCGCCGAAGAUGAGGAGCAGCUUAAGGCACAAGCCGAACGCAGCCAACAGCUGCUACGCACACUCAAGGAUAAGCAGCAAUCACUCGAAGAGUUAGUUGAAAAGACCCGCCUGCUGCAGCAGCAUGAAGAUGUUGCGCCCAUGGCCUGCGAUUUGAUGGAUCAACUCGAGCAUAUUAUUACGCUGCUGCGCGAACAAAUCACUGUAGCCACUACGCGCAUUUACACGAUCGAAAAGACAAUUGUGGAGCUGCGUAAGUCUAGACAGGAGGAGGAGCAUCGCAAGCGCGUUGCUGCCGAAGCAUUGAUACAGCCACCGACUAGCGUGGCUGCCGAAGCAUCAUUGAUACAGCCAACGACCAGCGCGCCAGCCUCGAUUACAUCGAAUGCUAGUACAAUUGAUUCCGCACCAAUGCCAGAGGAGGAGGUGAAACCACCCACCACUGCUGGCGCACAGGUACAAGCAGUAGAAACUCAAACGUCCGAAAGUAUUGCCGUGCCACAGGCACAACCACAGGUGCAGCCCCAGCCACAACCUAUUGUAGAGACACACACUGUAGAAGCACAAACUAGUUUGGUGGAACCUGUUGCGCUAUUGGCACCUUUUUUCGAAACUAUUGAGACUGCCAUGCACACGCAGAAGCAGCGUAAGCCCACCGAGAACAUUCUUGUCACAUCAACAAUGCAAGCGGGACAGGAGACUAUACAAAUCGAUACCAUACCGAAUAAGGAGAUACCAGAAGUACCAGACGAUGUUGAAUUUGAAGCACCCUAUCACCAACAGCCGCAAGGCGACGUCGAUCGCGCUACCGAAUUGGUGUUGAAGAAUGUGCCACAAGCCUUCGAGACUACCUUUGUUGAACCCGAUCAGACAACCACUGAAGUAGUGGUAGAUGCGGAUGGCACCAAACACAUCAUAGUAAAGAAAGUGACGCGUACGCGCCAACAAGUGGUGCAGCAUCAGCAAAUCAGCCCGAUUGCAACGGUUACCGAUGCCGAAGGCAACAUCCAGGUGCAAUCCACCGGUCAACUGAAUCUCGAAAAUGUGCAUAUCGCAGAUACCAGCGGCGAUGAUCAGCGCGGCUAUCAGACAGUGGUAACGCAACAGACACGCGGCACUGUAGUCGACGGAUCUGAUCCGAAUGCGAUUAUCCUUAAGGAGUUCGAGACCGAACCAACAGUGGAGCGGUACGAGCAAUUGCAAAUGCCUGAGGGUCAAACUGAUAUUGUCACCGUCACCACUGAGGGACCCGCGACUACAGCCACAACGCAAAGCAGCAUACGCGCCAUUGUACACCAAGUUACACGCAAGAUUAUACGCAAGACACGCAAAAUUAUUAAGCGUAUUGUGGUAAUCGAUGGUGUUGAGCAUGUCACCGAAGAGGUGGUCGAAGAGCCAGAAGAGGUUGAAGUCAGCGAGGAGGAGCUGCCGCCGCAAGUGAAUGUGAACAUCAUACGCACUGUUAACGGUAAGGUGGUAACCGAGGAAGAAUUCGAACGGCUGACAAAAGAACCUGGCGUGGUAAUUGAAGAGGUUUCUACAGAUUUAUUAGAACCGAAAGUGUCAACACCGCCGCCAAGCGAACCCGUUGAAGUCGAAGCUGUGUCAACGGUGACAGACGCGGUGCAGCCGCCACAGGUAUUUGACAUUGAAACUUCUACCAUCACUACAACAACAACACCACAAACACAACCAACAACAACCAGUAUUAUAACAACAAGUAUAACAGAAAGAACAAAAACAACAACAUCAACAGACCAAGCACCAGUAGAAUUUGUUGAUUUGCCAGCACCAAAAGUAGUUGAACAAAGAAUCAUUGAAACCGUAGAAGCUACUAGCACUAGCCCCGUUAAUAUUUUAGCGGAUUUAAGUACAACACCACACGACGAAGAGCAGAUAGUAGUAGUCGAAGAGACGAUUUCACCAAGCGUGCAGACUACUGAACCCGUUAAAGCUAUAGAAAAUGUAAGUGAUAUUUGGCCCAGAGAGCAUCAUUUGAUACCAACAGAUAUCGAAUUUUCACAUCACGUCGACGAGCCAGCUAAACCGGCUCACGAGGUGAUAGUAACAAGCGAUUCAAAGCCAGUGGAGGCAGUUUGGCCAAUUGACGAAGAUACUGGUUAUCCGGUUUCGCUGGAAGAGUAUAAAUAUGUAAAGUUGGUGGAGCCAAAACCGCUGCCGAUAGAGACCGAGCCCACUGGGCAAUCGCAAGUGGUUACAACAACAACUACAACUGUCACAACCACAGAAAAAGUGGCGCCGGAAGUAACUCAUGAAGUGAGUGAGAUAACUGAAGAGCCAGCAUCAGCAACACUGAUGCCACCAUUGGCGCCAUUCAAAGAACUCGAAGAAGAAGAAGAAACCGCAAUAGAAACCUCAGUAACAAUAUCGGAAGUGCCUACACUAGCGCCUGAAACAAAAGUAUUAGCUCCCACACCCGUCGGCGAGCCAGAAGUUUUGCCAACAGAAGUUCAGGAAGUAACUCCUAAGACACCCGAACCAGCAGUAUUAGCACCACAGAUGCCUUUGCCCACAGGAGUAAUCAGCGUAGACGAGGUUACGUUAGUAGAACCUAUUCAGCAAACGGCCGAGACGGUCACUGAAGUUACUACUGUAACAUCAGAGAAAAUUACUACACCUCCACUCGAAGCGGAACCUCUCUCACUCACUUCUACCGAGACUGGCACAGCUACGCCACCGGAGGACAAGUUCCUGCAAGCUGCACUUGCACCUACACCUGCUGAUAAAUCCAAAAUCGACAUACGCGCUGCUACACAACUUUUCAUUUCAGGUGAAGUAUUGGCCACUGUCAGCGAUUCGCCACGCAAGUCAUUCACCGUAACAGCGCCCUACAUCGUGCAAACUGGCAGCGGUGUUUUGAAAGUUGUUAUGACACCCGAGGAAGACAUUGAUCCCAAUCAAUUGCCACCUAAAGUAACCAUGACAAUUGUUCAGACUACAACGGUGACGGAGACAGAGCGAGAAGACACCACGUCACGCGGCGACGAGUUGAAUAUCGCAGCCGGCGAUACCAAGCGAAGUCGCAAGAAAAAGAAAAGAAAGGAAGAAGUCGCGCCUGAACUUGAACAAAGCGAAGAAGAGCCCAAGGUCGAGAAACCUGAAGUGCCAAUAUCAAGAGUUUCAGUAUCCGAAAUCGAUAUUGAAUCUCCACAUGAAACCGGCUAUGAAGCAAAUGACAAAACUCUGGAUGAUGGCGAUAUGGACGAUGGCAAGAAGAAGCGCCGCAAGAAGAAGAAGCAAAAGGUCAAGGCACGCGAAGAUGAAGAAUCGCAUGUGCCAUCCUCAGAGGCGACGCCACGCGAUGUUGAAUCGCCCAGCUUGGAGUCCGAAGGUAAAGUCAAGCACGAGGCAAUUACUGAAAUUAGUCCUGAGAGUGAAGCUACUAGCAUUGAAGUAGAUACUUCAGUAAAGGUGGUCGAAGAAGCCGUUGUGACGCCUGAUUCUGAGUCACUACGCGAGCCCUUCAUGGAGCUGGUCAUACCUACAGAAGUGAUAGAAAUCGCCUACGUAGAAGAUGAGCAGCAGCAGACAACCCCACGCGAAGAAGCGCCUGCGCCUGCGCCGGUGCUGGAGAAGCCAAUAACAGAGUUGAAGUCUUCUCAGACAACACCGGAGCACAAACCAAAGCAGGAAGAAAUAUCACUGCAACCCAGUAUUGAAAUUGCGCCCGCAAUACAAGACACCGAGGCGCAAACAAUAACAGUGGAGGUGACGGAAACGGAAAUUCAGACAACACCACGCACUGAAGAGACAAUCGCUCAGAUAGUGGCUGAGCCGAAGGAAACUGAGGAAGAAGCAGUGCAAACUGACGUGGCGUUCGACGUGCCUGUACCUCAAGCAGAAGUGCCAAUAAAGCCCGAAACUACUGAAAUAUCGAAUCAAACAAUUGUUGUUACCACAAUUGAAAAAGAGCUACAGACCACGCCUAAGGAGUCACCACACACGCCUGAGCCCAGCAGCACAGACAUCAUACAGCCGUUAGUGCAGGAGCUGGUCAAGGAUAUGACUACUGAUCUGCCUGCUGAAAAAGUAGAAAAGUCAGAUCAAGCAAUUGGCACCGAGCCCACAGUUACGCAAGAGAUUCAUGUGAAAACCAUCACACCCGAAUCGGUGGAGCAUGUUAGGCCAGCCAGUACACCCGAACCCGUGAUUGAAGAAUUUAUUGAACCGGUGCAAGUGGUGAAGGCACCCGCAGAACAGCGCGACCAGCACACGACUACCUUUGAGUUGACUCAAUUUGUAGACUCAACUUCACAGACUACACCACGUCACGAACCGAAAUCGCAACCGCAAGAAGUGGAGCAGCCAACAGUGGUAGAGCAGCCUGUGGUGGUGGAGCAGCCAGAAUCGUUGGAACAGCCAGCAUCCUUGGAUCCACUAACAUUAACGGAAAAUAUCUCAUCAACACUGACUUCCAUAUCCGAGCCCUAUAAGAUAGAAAUACAGACCUCUGUGGCAAUACCACCCGACACAGAUAACUCUGAAAUGGAGCCUGUUGUAUAUGAACAUACACAAACCAUUGAAUUGCCCAAGCGUGAUAAAAAGAAGAAAGAUAAGAAAAAGAAGAAAAAGCAUGCGCCACAAGAGGAUGAGGAAUCGGUGUCCGAACAGCUACCCGAAGUAAAUGUUAAUAUUGAAAUAGCAAAUAACAUGGUACCUGAAGCGGGCGUCGUGGUUACCACCACUCAACAUGUGUCAGAGCCGGUUCAAGCGACCGACGACAAAACAAUGCCUGAUGUAGAAAAGAAGCCGCAAUUGGUGCAGCUGCAAAUCACAAAAACUACAGUAUACGAGGAGUUCCCCGAUAUGCAGCUACAAAUUAGUGAGCAAAGUAAGGUCAAUGUGUCCGGCCAACAGGCUGCCAAACCGCGUUCUAGACCUACUUCUACGAUCAUGAUUGAAGAAGUCGGUUCCCCGACCGAGGAGCUAGUUGUACCCAUUACGCCAGGUCCAGACAAGGAAAUUCCACAAAGCACGGCUGACAGCAUUUGGUUAACCGCAACAUCCGCUGCCAUUGGCGUGGAUAAGACGCCAAAAGACGCUUCCCAGGCAAUGAUUAUGUCCGAAAGUCUGCAACACUAUCCCGGCCCGCAGGUGCAAUCAAAACCAGUUGAAGUUUGGGCGGAAACGAAACAGGUGAUAGGCGGACGCAUAAGAUGCUUGAAAGAGUCUACGCCAGAGCAUACGUCACUCAGCAAUGUCCUGCAUUUGGCUACGCUGUCCGACAGAAUAAAAGAUGUACCCCCUGAGGUACGCGCGCAGGAAGUCAAUCAAGGCCUACAUGAUUUGGAGGACGCCGUAAAACAUGGUGAUCGCACUGUGAUCGAAACCACGGUCAUAACUGUGAUCGAAAAGGUAUCAACAUGGCUGGAAACUAUUGAAUAUCGCGUCUAUCUGAUCAGACAGAACUCUGAUGAGGGUCCAUCUGAGGAAAAGUUGGACAAUUAUAAUCAACUGAACGAUGAGCUCAGCACCAUUAAGACAAACGUCAACACACUGGAAACGCAGCUAGAGAAGGCUGAUCACUUGACCGGCUGUAAGGUGCAGCAAUGCGUGGAUGCGCUCAAAGAGCACGUCGAUGCUGUGCAAGGUAUAACCAAAGACAACCAGGCGCAAGAUUCUAAGGAGUUGGAGAAGUGGAACAACUUCGUUGUGUUGAUACAUCGUAGCACCACAAUUUUGGAAGAACUACAGGAGCGUUACGACACCAUCGUGACACAAGAUCUAACGCUGAACGCGAAACUGCGCAGCCUUGACGAGUUGGAAACCCAAAAUGCGGACGUACAAAGUAGCAUCGCAGAAUUGACGCACAGCGCGCGCGCAUUCCAACGCAACUUCCCUGGCAAAAAAGUACCGCAAGACCUUUACAAUUCUUACGAAGUGUGCAAGAAUAUCGAAAACAACAUACUUGCUGAGCGCGAUCGCUUACUGCAGUUGCAGUCGCUCGGCGAUGAGUACGAGCAGACGCUAAAGGAGUUUACAAACAUCACAGUUCUGGCCGAUAAAAUGGUUGAAAGUCCCAUUAUUUCCAGCUCAUUGGAACAACUCAACCACGAAGUGCAGAAACAUCGCAAAUUCUUCGUCAACUUGAGUCAUUGCCGCGCAAUGCUGGAGUCGCUGGAAGAGAAUAUCGACUCCGAAACGCGCGAGAAGCAUGCCGAGUUGCAUAAAGAUCUCUACAAUCGCGCAACUGUGCUGUUGGAGAAAGCCUCCGAGCGUUCAUCGAAAUUGGUGCAAGCUGCUUCGCGCUGGACUGUGUUGGAGAAGGGCAUGAAUGAUGAAUUGCAAUGGCUGCAUGUUGCACAGCAGCGUGUACCUGAUUUGUCCGCUGUCACUUCGGCUGAUUACGAUCAAUACACAACACUCUACCAGUCACUCAGCACCGAUAUCUCACAUCACUAUCUAAAAAUGACACAACUAUCGAAUAUUGCGAACAAAUUACAAGACCUCGUGCAAUCGCCUAAUCUGGUUGAGGAGACUAAUGAAGCGCUCAUUGUGCUAUUGAAGUUGCGUGAAGAAGUCUCUUUGUACCUGCAUCGUCUGCUCGUCUUCAAAGAGAUCUGGGCGCAGUAUGAAAACCAAACCGACAAAAUCGAAGCAUUUGUGCGCGAGGCCGAAAGGGAAUUGCGCCAAAUACAUAUACCCGAAGAUCCGCUGGAGCAACCUAUUGAACAUAUGCGCCAGUUCUGGGAGAUGAAAGCGCAUUUCGAAGUGCACAACAAUGUACGCGACUUGGCUGGACAUAGUUUCGAAAAGGCGCUGCAAGUCAUACCGCUCGCUGAUGAGAUGCUGCAACGCCAAUUCCACGCGCAGCUGGAAGAACGCUGGCAAAAUAUUGCUACGUCCAUCGAGCGCAUACAAAGCAACAUUGGCAACAGCCUCGCCUCACAAGACAUGCCAGCCGAAGAUAAAUUAAAGUUGGUCGAACGUGAGCUGCACGAAAUCUAUCUCACCAUGACCAGUAUUAAGGGUGUCAUCAAGAACGAGGAGGAGCUGUGUCUCUACUUCGAACGCAUUCAAGUAUUACGCACGCGUGUUGGCUUCAUUGGCAACAAAUUGGGACGCAUUGGUCUGCAGGUUCCCGCCAUUGAACCAGAGAAAGUGGGAGAACUCUUCGCGCUCUCAAACAAAAUCAACACACAGAUUGCCGAAGAAUUGGAGGGUGCCUCCGUGCUGCGCGAACAGCUGCGCACCAUACAAGAAGGCAUACAGAAUUUACGUAAACAUCAAACCAAACUUUCCGUCAUACUAGAUGAAUGUGAAAACGCUGAAAAAUUGAGCAGCGAAGCAAUAGAGAAGGCGGUAAACGACUGUCAGGCGGUGGGUGAAGAUCUCAUAGGCAAUUGGCAAGAAAUCAUGCGUCUCCGUCAAAUGUUGCAUACGCUGCCAAUGCGCUUGAAAAUGUCUGUGUCACCAGUAAAAUUGGAGCGUGACAUAUCGCAGCUACAAGACGACCAUGCUUUCUUGGAGAGCAAAUGCACGAACAUUUUGGGUAUACUAAGAAAUCGUUUGGCGUUGUGGAUGCGCUAUGAGCGGCAAUUGGAGAUGGUGCAUGAGUCGGUGCAAGAGACAGACUUUAUGAUGGAACUGUUGAAGGUGCACGGCCAGGUGGACUAUGAGCGGCUACGCAAAGCCACCGAACGGCUAGAGGGUCUUGCUGGUGAUUUGCAAAAUCGUGAAACACUCUUGGACUACUUAAAGUCCUCGGCUAAGCCCCUUAUCGAGACGUGCGAUGUGCAAAUUGUCGAACAAAUCGAAUCGGCCGUACAGAAAGCGGUUGUAGCUCGGAAUGAUACUUCAGAUAAUUUACAACAAUUAUGUACGCGUUAUCAACGCGCCGUUGAAUUGUGGGAGAAAUAUCGUAACGCAUCGGCCGCUGUACGCAAUUACGUUGAACAGCAAAUGGAUGCAGUGAAGAAUUUGGAGCAACCACUGGAGACAUUGCAAAAUGCGAAGGUUUGCCAGGAUAAUUUGAAUUCACAAACAGAUCGUUUGUCCGAGCUGCGCGAUAUCGUUACGAAAUUAGCCGCUGAUAUUGGUUUGGAUGCCUCUGGCCUCAUGCAAGGUGAAUUGGAUGCUUUAGGCCAACGCUUGCAAGAUUGCAAGGAGGCCAUUACAACAUUGGCGAAUGUGGCGGAAGCCAAGGAUAAAGAACGCAAGGCAAUCGAGGAGAAUGUGCAACAAACGAAAGCGUACUUGAAUAAUGUGCAGAAGGACGUUGACCGGCAGGCACAGGCCGCUGUUGUCGGCGUGCCCAGUGAAGAGCAGUUGGCGGCAUUGCGCGCACAUCUGGAAACAUUGGCGCGCACCGAGGAAGAGCUGAAGCAGUUGCAUGAACGAAAUAUAGAAAAUACAGCAACCGAACGCGGCAGCAGCAGCAAUGACGAUGACAACACCAUCAUUGAAGUGCUAGAGCUGUGGCAGAAGAUCUUCCAGGAAACCUUCCAGGAGUAUCAUCGCCUAUCCACGCGGCUGCUACGCAGUCAAAAUAGCACAGAAGCACUAAAGUUGUGGCGUCAAUACCUGCAACAUGUACAGCAAUUCCUUGCCUGCAACAUACCCGAAGACUACACUAGUCUCAAGGAACAGCAACAUCUGUGUGAGAUACAUCAGAACCUGCUUAUCUCACAACAAAAUGUGCUGGCCACGCACACCGAAGCCGAGCAGCAACUCGAACCGGCGCUCGCCGAACAAUUUAAGCUGCUAACGAAUAUGCAUAAUGAAACGCUCUCACGUAUUAUGCAGCGCAAUAGUGAAUUGGAACACCGCAUGGCCGCUUGGAAUGCAUAUCGUACCGAUUUGGCUGCGCUGCUCGAAUGGCUGAAGGAACGCGAAAAGGAACGUACGCGCUUGCAGCUGCGCUACAUACAUUUGAAGCGCGUGCCGCGGCUCAAACAGCGUUUGGAAGAGUUGCUGCAGCAGCUGCCGGCAGGUGAAGGGAUGUUGACGAAAUUGAAGGAGCAGCAGGCGGAUUUAUUACGCUUCUGUGAUGACGCGCUCGCUACCUCCAUACGCAUGGAACAGUCGAGCGUGGCGCAGCGCAUAAACAAUUUGAAGGCCGCGCUUGAGACAUGGUUCGGUUUUCUGGUGAAAAUUUCCAAUUUGGCGAGUUCGCAUGAGCAGCGCGUUGCGCAACUCGAUGCUGAAUUUGAUAAAAUCCAACAGCUGGUUGCCGAUACUAAUGCGUCAUUGCCUACUAGCUCGAAUGCCAUCCAAGAGUGCCUUAGCAAGCUGCGCGCACAGCAAGUGCACCUAUCGACGCUCACGCAAGAACUCGAGGGUCUCAAUGUAACGCAAGAGGAGCUCAAGGAAUGCAUUAGCCCGCACGAUAUGAAAGCCAUACGGCAAAAGGUUUGGCUGCACUGGCAGCAACAUGCCGAUCUCGAGUACCAGCUGUCGACCUUGAUUAACACCAUCGAGGAGCGCUUGUCUUUGCACGCGCUCUUCAAUACCCGCUACGAGCGGCUGGCACAUUGGCUGAGCGGACUGGAACACCGCGUUGAACGCGAUUCAGAUAUUUCAGCAAUUGCCAACCCGGAAGAUGCAGCGCGUCAACUGGACAAACAAGUCACUGCCGAGCUGCAGUUGCGCGAGAAGGAUCGCGAAUGGUUGCUCUCAACGGGACGCGAACUGAUUUCACUCUACACUGAUAAUUCACAGAACGCAGAAGCCAUACGCAUGGAAGUGCAAGAGAAAUCCGAUAUGUUCAUCGAUCGCUGGGAGCGUCUGAAGUACCUGAGCAAGCAGCGCGCUAAUAAGAUUGGCGAUUUAAAAAUGACGCUGCAGCGCCUGGAAGAACGCAUUGCCUUAAUACGCGCCUGGAUGUUUGAAGUGGAGACCGAAUUAGACAAGCCGCUCACCUUCGACUCGUACACGCCGCCAGUGAUUGAAGCGAAGCUGAAAGAGCACGAGAAGAUACAACGCUCUAUUGAGAAUCACAGCAGUAAUGUGGGUGAGGUGCUCAAUUUAGUUGAAAUGCUCCUAAACGACGCGGACACUUGGCGCUCGCAUGUGAACACCUCGAAUUUAGGUGUCUCAGCGCAGAAUCUUGAAAAGCGCUGGAAGAAUGUAUGUCAGCAAUCGGCCGAACGCAAGCAGCGCAUACUCACCACGUGGAAUUUGUUGCAGCAACUGAUCAAAUUCACUACCGAGUACAAGACCUGGCUGAGUAAGCAAGAAUCGGACAUUGCGAGCUUCGAGCGCGAUCUCUCGUCACUGACCAAGGAGGAGGCAGCUGCGCGCCAGAAAGCCGUCGAAGCCAAGUUGGCUGAGCUGGAGACGCAAGAAGCGCCACUCAACCAGCUCGUGCACACUUACGGCAAGCUGAUGAUGAGCGCCGGCAUCGACCCCGAGAAUAUACAGAAUCUUACAAUGCCUACGAAGGUAAUGCUGGCAAAGUGGCGCCAAUUGGGUCCGCGCUGUCAUGCCGUUAUUGAUGUCAUCGAUAAAGAUGUGAAACUGCGCCGCGAUUUCGAGAAAGCACAGCAGGAGGCAGUACAAACGCUGACGGCUAUUCAAAGUGAACUCGAGCGGCUGCAGAAGCAACAGCCGAAGACACCUGCGGAGGCACAAGCUGCGCUUAAGCGUAUCGAAAGCCUCGAGGCUAGGUUGAAGCAAGCCGCCGAUAAGGUUGAAAGCGCCGACAAACUGGGUGCAGAAACUAAAACUAAAGCGAAGCAAGACGAGCUCACGCGCAUUGUUACGCUUAUCACACAGUACACGACAAUUUGGCGUGAGCUGCAAACACGCAUUGUCACAAUCAAAACCGAAUGGGCCGCAAAGGCUGCUGCGGCAACCGCUGCUGCAGCUGGUGCUGCCGCGGAGGCGGUCAUUUCGGCGACGCGCAUCUCAGAGGCCGACGCCGGCGUGCAGGUGAAUACUUUGUCGCAGCGUAAACUGCGUAAGGCGCCAAUGCAACGCGAAACCUCGAUUACGGCCAAGGAUGCCUACAUUAUGGAGCUGGAGACAGCGAUCAAGGAGUGCCAAACCAAUCUGGAUGAGCUGCAACGCACCAUCUGCGACAAGACACGCAAACCGGGUCCACAAAAGAUGUCGAAACUCAUCGGCAAUGCGCAAUCGUCCACCGAGCUAGUCAAGCAUUUGAGUCAGCUGCUGCUGAGCGAAUGUCAAGCAAACGAGAAAGAGGCGCAGGUCGAGACGGUAGCUGAAUUGUCAUUGCGCUUUGACACAUUACUCUCGCAGUGGAAGACACGUCAACAGCAAGACCAGAAAUCAAGAAGCGCGCUUCCUGCUGCUUACAAACUGACCUGUCCACAUGAGGUCGGUCGCCUGACAUGCCCGCUCUGCACGCAACGCAAUUGGCAACAGAUUGACAACGAUUUGUGGCGACUGGAGCAGUGGUUGCAAUUUGCCGAAGGCACACAAAACGCACAAACCUCACCGCCCUCAAACAUCGAACUGCUCGAAGAUGUUGUGCAAGAUCACCGUGAAUUCCUGCUCGAUCUCGAAAGUCACAAAUCGAUUGUGAUGAGUUUGAAUGUCGUCGGCGAUCAUUUGGCCACACACACACUGGACACUGAAAAGGCGCGUCAACUACGCGAUCGUCUCGAAGCCGAUAACGAACGCUGGAAUGCAGUUUGUAUUAGAGCCACCAAAUGGCAGGGUCUGCUGCAAACUGCCCUAAUGGGUAACAGUGAAUUCCAUCAGAUAAUCGAUGAACUGUGCGCUUGGUUGCAACAGACCGAACAGAAUAUUAAAUCUUCAGAGCCUGUGGAUUUGACUGAAGAACGUAGCGUAUUGGAGGCGAAAUUCCGCAAAUUCAAGGAAUUACGCUCCGAAUUGGAACGCUGCGAGCCGCGUGUGAUGAGUCUGCAAGAUGCAGCCGAUCAGCUGUUGAGAACUGUGGAUGAGGCGAGCACUGAAUCGACGCACACCUAUGCAAGAACCCUUUCCAGGCUGACAGAUUUGCGGUUGCGUUUACAAUCGUUGCGUCGCCUCUCCGGCAUCUACAUUGUAAAGUUGGGCGCCGUGCUUGGCUAUGAUGGUGAUAAUAUGGGCGUGUCGCUGCAUAUGUUGUCGUCAGAGCUUUUGGAUCAAACUACAUUACCCUCUACAUCUUCUUCUAUGCAGGCUGCCGCACCGUACACUGAUAAUGCAAACGGCACCACCAACGCCACCGAUGCCGAUGCUGUCGAUGGCGAUGCCAUCAACACCACCGUACUUGCGCGCGGUGCACGCUUCCUCGGACGUGUUGCACGUGCCUCGUUGCCCAUACAAGCGCUCAUGUUGCUGUUGUUGGGUGUUGCCACACUUGUGCCCCACGGUGAAGAUUAUACCUGCAUGUUUUCGAAUUCGUUUGCGCGUAGCCUAGAACCGAUGUUGUCAUACCCAAAUGGACCGCCACCAACGUAGUAGUGGUUGAUGAAGAAACAAACGAAAAUAAAGGUUAAAAAAUAAUACAUAAUAACUAAAAGUUAAAACGAACAAGAAAUACUAUAUAAGAAGAACAAACAAAAAGAAAAGAAAAUUGUAAACGAAUAUUAGCAAGAAAAGUAAGAUUUGUAUAUAAAAAAUAAAUACUACUUGUAAUAUGAUUACAGCCAAAAUCAGUUGGUUGCAGUUGCAGUUGCUGAAGAAAGUUUUGAAAAAUAUUAAAGAAAAAAAUUUGACGCUGUAGUUGUACGCUUGCGUGAAAAUUUUGCUGACUUGCGUAAUGACUUUGUAUUAAAAAAAACACAAACGAAUUAAGCAAAAAAAAAAUUAUUGUAUAAACUACAUUAUUGCCUUUGCUUGUAAUUGUACAAUAACAAAUGUGAAAACCAAUCCUACUUUCUAUAUCCAUAAACUUGUAUUGUACUUAGUGCUUAGUGUACUUAUAUAAAGAUGAUUGUAGUUGCGCAUGCGCACUUGCCGAUAUUUCCCCACAAUAGUUGCAAACAUUUGAUAGCCCAUAGAUAGCGCUUUUGGAAUAUGUGAAAAACGAGAUGAAAAAAAGACCAAGAAAAGAUUAUAAAACAAAAUAAUAUUAGGCAAAAAGAAUGUUAACGAAAUGGCGGGGAAUGAAAUUAGUAUAACGAAAAUAUUUACGCAGAAAGCAAAUGAAACCAGUGAACUUUUGUAGCUCGUAGCGCUCAUAGCGAUACCGAAAAAUAAACAAUCGUUUCAAAAAAAAUAUGAGCGCGAAAAAAUAGCAAACAAUUUAGUAUGUAAGCUUGUAAGAGAAAAGAAAAAAACAAAAACAAAUUACGAUACGCACAUAUAACACGAAAAAUAGUAUAGCAAAACAAAUUUUUUUGAUAUUUUCAGUAUGUAGAAAAGGAAAAUUUUAGGAAAACAAAAGUAAUUUAGCAGCUGCCAAUGAAAUUUUUUGCGCUAUGCUUUGUAUUAAGCGAAUUUCGUGGAACAUUUUUGCGUAGUUCAAGGCAUAGCACUAAAAGAGAAAAGAAGCAUAAUGAAAAGGCCAACAGAUGACAGAACAACAUAUACACGAGUAGAAAGCCGAAAUCCUUACUCAUAGCAGAACAGCAAAAAAAAAACAAAAAUUAAAUAAAACUCUCCAAAAUUUAAAUUUUCAAACAGCCACAACCGAAUUGUGAAAAUUUAACUGAAAUUGUUUUUAUAAACAAAAAAAUCCAUGACCCAAAAAAUUGAAAAUUUUAAAAAUGUGUAACGCCCAUAUUUUUACAUAACCUCAUCUCCCAAAUAAAGUGGUUUUGCGCAAAAUCCGGGCAUUUACAUUUUCAAAAUUUUCAUAAAACCAAAAAAAAAAAUGGCCAACGUUGCGCAGCCUGUUUGCACACACACACACACACACUCAAACAAAAAUCUCUCCAAAUGUUUGUUUUUGUUGUUGCUUGCGCAAAAUGACUUGCAGCAACGUUGGCACAUACACACACAAACCACGCAGUACUGCAUAACGAAACAUUUCGCAAAUCAAAAACAUUCCCAAAACAGGCAUUACCAUAGUUGCAUACAUAUUUUUGUUGAAACGAAAAUUUUUUUAAAAAUACGCUUUUCGAAAAAAAAUAGUAGAAAUAUAAUUUAAAUAUUAAAAAAAAAAAAACGAAAAUCUGUCGCUGCUGGCCACUUGAUUUAUGUGCACUCUUUCUUUCGCUUGUUGUGCAGCUGCUAAAACGAAAGCAGAAAAAGUGUCCUAUGCUGGUGCUUAACCGAAAUUGAUGAAAAACCCCAUUAAUUUGUUUUUGCAAAGAAACAAGCAAAAAAUAAAACGAACGAAGUAAAAUAUUCAUUUAAAUGCGUUGAAGAAAAACAAGCAAAAAUGCAAGAAAAUGUAAAAAAAAAAAUUUAAGAAAAUUUCAAAAAAAAUUUAAAAUCUGCACACGCACUUUUUGGCGUUUGUGGAAAAGAAUUUUAUUUUGCCAGAAUCCAUCCAAAUUAGUUUAUACAUGCAACAUGCAUGCAUACAUAUAAUUAUUAUCUAUGUUUGUAUGCAAUUGAAUUUUCUAAUUAAUUUACUAUACAUAUUUAUUUUCUUUUUUUGGCAUACAUUUUACAUACGCUUCACCUACAUAACUACGUACGCUAAUUUUCUAUAAGUACCUAAAACGCAAAAUGCAAAAGUUAUCGUGUUAUGAACAACUAUAAACUAUUUAUUAAUUUUACUAUGAAUUAACGCAUAAACAUUUAUGUAUGCAUGCA